AUGCCAAAUCGAAAAGAGCGACAGGACAAUCGGCUGCCGCCGAAAGCUGAGAGUUCUGAGCAGUUAAGAACUCGAGUUCGAAUUGGAAGGGCUUGCGAUCGUUGUAAAAUCAAGAAAUCGAAGGUGGGAUGGAUUGAGUCGUCACCAAUUCCCCCAAAAUCCUCCGGGACAUUCAGUCGUCUGACCAAUUUACAGUGUGAUGGCAACAUUCCCUGCGCGGGUUGUAUCGCAAGCGAUAGUAUUUGUGAGUAUAGUGCUAGGAGACGGAGAGAAGCAAGGGACUGGUACUGGGGUAUGCAUGAUGUUAUGGACGAAGCAUUGCAGAGGCUCUAUUGGGCGUGCAGAGAGGGUCGUGGAUUUCCUGGUGUCGUUCCCGAUGAGAGCAGCAGCCGCGUCUCUACCGAUGCGAUUCUCCGUGGUCUAGGUCUCGAUCCCCCACCUGUAGAGCGUGCAGGUCCUAUCAAAAGUCAGUCAGAGUCGGUAUUGGACAGCAGAAUAGUGCGAGGCCAGCCAUCCUAUCAACCACCAGACAUACCACCGCGGCUCGCACCCCGUCCUUCCAGACAGUCAUCGGAUCAGAUCCCACUCUCACCCCUGGGAAAGGACGAUAUGGGGGACGGGGUCGAGCUUCUAGAUGGAAGAGACGGAGUGGAUGGAGUGGAUGGUGUUGAUGGAGCAUCGGACUCGGACGAAAUGGACUCGGUGUCCCAAGGCAUGGGGCCCGAGCAUCAAACUGCUGCAAUUCCUGCAGCUAUAAGUCAAGGAUUCCAACCACCUCCAGAUGAUCCUCUCGAUGCUUCUAUGCUCUUGGGUGGAAACGUUGCAAUGAUGAAUCUGCAAUCUCCAAUGUACAGUCAGAUGGCACCAAUGGACUUCCAAAGCACGGCUGCUCUGGGAGGGCACGCUGGGCAAGCAGCAAUGCGGACGACGCAACAACAACAUAGUGGUAUACAAGCCAAUGUCUUUACACCAGGCAGCCAAGCAGGUUGGACAGCUGAGCGUACAGCCGCGGUGGACGGGGAUACUUUACCAUGGCCGGGCAAUCUUGCAGCUGUGUAUAGGGACACACAACCUCCACAUGGUGGCAGUGCCUUUACUCCACCUAGUCAUCCCAGGUGA